GAAACUGAAGACGUUAGUCAUACGAACUGAACUCCAAGUGCUCCAGUGCUCUUUUAAAAUCCGACACAAAAGUACAGAGUUAUUUUCAGUUUUGAUUUUAAAUCAACAGAUUUGUGUAAUUAUGCAUGGAACUUUUACUUUAGAAAAGAAUGUGCGUGAUCUUUUUUUCUUUUUUGUGACGAGAUUUUUUACGAUUUAUGUUGUUUUAUUCUGAGAUAGUCAUGAGGGACUUAAUCCGUAAUUAUAAACUCCUUCUGCAACGAAAAACAGACUCCGAGUCUGAGGCUGAGUCGCAGCCGCUGAUGAGCUCUUCAUCGUCACCAUGCAACAGUUUUGGUAGUACACCAUGUGUUUUUAGAAAUGAUUCCGAUACAGACACAGAAGUCGACAGGGACGUGAAAAAGCAAACACCACAAAUUCCGGAUCUUUUGCUGCAAAGAGAAUCUAAAAGACCUUUUCUUUACCAGAGUUACGAAACCCCAGAUUUUGCAAUCUAUUCGACCCAUGACACCCAAUAUAAACCUGUGGACGAUUUCUUAACCGGGGAAAAAACCCUGGGCGCGAAAGGUGCACCCAAUGGUAAUUACGACUACCACGACCCGGAAACACCGGAAACGAACAGUUCGCUGGUCACUAUAUUUGCAAUAUGGAACACCACAGUGGGGACUUCCCUCCUCGCAAUGGCUUGGGGCAUCGAAAAAACCGGCCUCUUCCCGGCUAUUUUCAUAAACAUUGCAAUCGCUGCCAUUUGUUUAUACACAACUUACACCCUACUCAAGGUCAACGAAAAACACGGCGUCAUUGGACAAAACGGUGAAGUUUGCGACUUGUGCAGAGCCCUGAUUGGACGAUGGGCGGAGAUUUUAGCGAAAAUUUUCUCGAUGGUGGUCCUGAUUGGUGCCAACAUAGUCUACUGGAUCCUCAUGUCUAACUUCUUUUACAAUUCUGUCAAAUUCUUCUACGGGGUCCUUCUCAACCUGGACGACUCCCCCGUUUCGAAUAUUACCCUUUUGUGUCCCAAAAACGAGACGAUUUUGACUCCGAUGAAAGCUGGGGUUGUCAACAGAUCAGGGUUUGAUAAAAUUUGGGACUUGUAUUCAACUGUGCCUGUGAUACUGGGUCUAAUAAUGUUUCCGAUGUUGAACUGGAAGAGUCCUACAUUUUUCACCAAGUUCAACAGUUUGGGUACUAUUAGCGUUUCGUACUUAAUCCUUUUUGUUGCUGUGAAAGCUGGGAUUUGGGGAAUUAAUAUGCCAGACUGGAAUAUAGAAUUUUACAUGAAACCUACAUUCUGUGCCCUCAGCGGAAUGUUAUCGCUAAGUUAUUUCAUUCACAACAUUAUUAUUUCAAUUAUGAGGAACAAUAAAUAUCAAGAACAUAACGGCAGAGAUCUCUCAAUUGCUUUCGGUUUGGUUACUUUCACCUAUUUGUUUAUUGGGGUUUUCUUUUACAUUUGCUUUCCGCUGCCGAAAUUCUGUAUUGAAGAUAAUAUUCUCAACAAUUUCAACAAAUAUGAUGUCUUGACAAUAAUAGCACGGGUUUUGCUCUUAUUUCAACUAUUCACCGUAUUUCCUCUAAUCUCGUACAUGUUAAGGAACGAUAUUUUUGCUAAUAUCAACAUGAUCUUCAAGAACUAUAGAUUCGGCGAAUUCACCUAUCCCAGAGUGAUAGUUAUAAAUUUAGGAAUCUUGACUAUAUGCAUCCUCUUCGCAUGUUUUCUUCCAAGAAUAGGAACUUUAAUCAGAUACACAGGAGCAUUAAGUGGGCUUGUUUACAUCUUCAUGCUACCGAGUCUCCUAAAAAUAGCCAGUUUGAGGAAAGAAGGAAAAUUAACAACCCCUCAAUUAAUUUUCCAUGUGUCUGUGAUGGUUCUUGGUAGUUUUAACUUACUGUUACAAUUCUUCAUUAACGAUAAGUAACUACUAUAUUUAUUUAUAUUUGUUAUUUUCAAUAUAUACAAGAAAGAAAACGAAAA